AAAAAUGCCCUGCAUGCUUCGGAGUUCAGCUGUGUCCUGCUUUCCUCACUGGUGAUAUUGUUCCAGAGACUUGGUCAAGAUACAAAGCAACUCAACUUACUUAAUCAAAGAAAUGUUUAUUUUGCUACUUUCCACGAUAAACAUGUUGUCCUAAAAAAGCUAGCCCAUAAUUCAAGACUUGAACAGCUUGAUCGUCACAUACUAGAGCAAUCAGUAGGACUCCUCAGAAGCCCAAUUGAGCAGCUGAGUGUGUCUACAGCUGUUCGUCCGUACACGCACCAGAAUGUGUGGCUAGACCGGGUAAAGGAUUUGGAAGGAAAUGAUAGUACGCUUGUUCAUCGUUUACGCACCUUUGACCCCACAUCUCACGAUCUAAGGAGUAAUGCUCUAGAGGGAUCCGCCAAUCUGUUCCGAGGAAGUGAAAUGUUCAUUUGUCCCUCUCAGCGAAAGCUGAAUUAUAUCGAAAAUGAAUUUGUUAAGAAUAAUGUUGGACUUUACCGACUAACAUGUCUGUAUAAUUUGAUGACUUUACUGCUACUCAAUUCAGAGCCUUUAAUUUUUCAGUCUUUUCCAGCCAACAAAGGGUGGCCUUUUCCUGUCUACUACGGUGCGUGUGGUCGAGUGAUAGUAGAAGAAUAUGUCGGACCUAACCUAGCACAGUGGCUACCUGAUGCUUCUUUGAAUGAACGCAUUAAUGCGGCUCUACAGAUGUUAACAAUUGCUGACCAAUUCACGAACGGGACUGCUGGCUUCAGACUGUAUGUCACUGAUUUGAGUCUCUAUAAUAUAGCCGUUGGUUUGGAUGGAAUACUGAAGAUAGUGGACGGUGAAAAUAUAGUAGUCGUCGAUUUAGAAAAAAUCGAAAACGAUCGACCAAACAACUUUGAUGUUCCCUAUGCGAGUGAUAAUGCCGGUUGUGAACAUUUACCUUCCGAUCCCCACUGCGUGAGCUACAGUGAGCAAGAUAUGUGUAACCGGCUUUAUAACGACCACAACUACUUUGCUGUUUGCCAAGAACUGUUUUCAUCGCUGGAUAGCUUUGGAUUGAUGAACGGUUUACCCGAUUACAUCUUAGAACGUUUCCCGCUUAUUCUCAAGUAUCAGUCCGACUGCUAUUCAUCUUCAACUCCUGGAACCCGAGAGAAAGCAGCUAAGAAUCUUAUCUCAAUCUACGGAGAGAUACUUUCGACCAUCUAGUUGUUGCAGAUGGGUGAUCUCGAAUUUUUACCUCAAUGUCUUCCUAGUUCUUUCCUGUCGUAAAAAUCACAACAUUACAUUAAAUGUUACUCGUGAAUCUCAUCUACUUUUCAUUUUGCCAUAUGUUUCCUAGCGGAAAGGCUUGACAACAUGAAAAAGAUACGUAUAAUACAAAAUACCCGUACACAGA